ACGUUGGAUGGUAAAAAAUUAAAUACUCACGAAGAAUUAACUAGUUGGAUGAAUAAUUUAUAUCAAAAGAAAAUGGUUAACAUAAUUUCUUAUGAUGAACUCGUUCCCAUUUCUCGAUCAGAACGCGAUACAUCAUUGGAAGACGGAGACGAAAUUUUUAAAGAAAUACAACCUGGAGUCGCUAAUUUUGAAGAAAAGUUAAGUUUAGAAGAGUGGGUUGGAGAUGUUACGAAUGAUAAUUUGAUUAGUUGGACAAAAGAUUUUAACCUUUUUCAGGGUUUUAUAAUUAAUAAGAAUAACGAAAUGUUACUUAGCAAGAAAAUUCCCGUUGACUUUAUUGAAAUUCCUAAAAUCACACUAAGUAAUAAAUCUUACUUGAAAAUUAUCAAACCAUCAACAGAAUUAGAAUUUACUUUAGUCUCCAAUAAUAUUUUUUCAAUUAAAAAUUUAAGCACUUUACCAUUUGUUAAAAAUAAUGAUAAUAAUCAUGAUGGUUAUAAUCACGUUUUAGUCAAGUGCGAGAAAUAUGAAAUCCUCUUAAAUACGAAGAAUAUAAAACCUACGAAAGAAUUUGAGCAAACUAUAGAAGAAGCACUUGAUAGUAUGAAGCCAUUGAAAGCUCUACAGGACGUAUUUAACGAAUAUGGUCAUUUAUUCCCACGAAGAAUUAUAUUAGGAAGAUCUCUUAAAAAUAUUUUGCCAAAUCUCUCACCAUCUAAUACAUUUGAUGUCGUUAAUGAUGAUGAUAAAAUACUCGAAUCAAUUGUUAGUUUAAAUAUUUCAUCUCUUUUAACACAGAAGGGAAGGAUCAUUGAAAAGAAUAAUUUACAUAAUUGGAUCCGUAAUACGAAUAAUCAUUUGGAAAUUAUUGAAUUCGAUAAUAUUAUUCCUCUUUAUAAAAUUCUCAAAACAGAACACCAGAAAAAAAUAGAUGAUAUAUCAAAAAAUAAUUACAGAAUUAUAAUGACGGGAAUUAUCGAUUUAACUGACUUAAAGAAUAAUAAUAUUGAGAACUACAAACGUAUAAAUAUUGGAUUAUCAUUGGAAAGUGAAGAUUAUGAAGUAUUUGGAUUGAUCAUUACAGAAAAUAAUACAAAAUCAGAAGAAAUUUAUGUUAAUUUUGGAUUAUAUGACUUCAAUGGAUUUUAUGCGAUAAUAAAAAAAUCCGAAGGAACAAGCGCCGAUAUAACAAAAUGUUUUGUUUUAUGGGUAAUUAUUGGAAAUCCCUCAAAAUUAUCAGUUUUUAGUCCAAAGAAUCGAGAAAUUCAAGUCAAUUAUAUUAAAGAAACUGUUACAUUACAACUCGAUAACUCAAACUAUCACAAAAAGAUUCCUUUCCAAGGAUAUAAAGGGCAUUUGUUUUCCGUUCACGCAUAUUGCCCUCAUAAACCUAAUAUUAAUGUUCAAGUAAUCAAACCAACUUGUAGUGAUUCUAUUUCAAACACGAGUAUAGGUUCUAAUAGUCAAAAAAUUCAUCGUGAUUCUCGUGAUUCUCGUGAUUCUUUAAUAGAUACUGUUGAAGUAGAAUUACGCAUUUGCGUUAUGUCUACGAAUUACAAAAAUUUAAAGAUUGAUCAUACAAAAGGAAAAAAAGAAGUAGAAUAUCCUUUAGAUACGAGCAUAACAACUGAAGUUGUAAACGAUUUCAGUCCUAAAGUAAUUAUUUAACGGAAACGAUUUCUUUCCUUUAAUAACAAACGAUACAAUACUUUGGAAUAAUAGGUUCAAGAUUUGUAAGAUAUGGUUUUAUCAAUUUAUAUCCGCUGAAGCCGCAAUUGACGUGAAUAGAUGAUCAAAAAUAUGAUAUUCUCUUGAAAGUUUAGAUUUCUUAGAAGUUAGAACGUAAAGAAUUUGUUACUGAGUCAUGUGAUAGUAUCAAAAAAAAAAAAAAAA